AUGGCGUCGCUCGGGGUCCCGGGAAAUUGCUCCGUGGGCUUUCAGCGGCGGUUUUUAUCGCCGGUCGGGGUGUGCCUGGCUGCGGCUCGCCUCUCCUCCGGGACCGUAAAGCUGCUGCUGUGGAGCCUCUGGCCGGAUGCCGCUUCAGAGCUGGCAGGCGGCGCUGUAGAACCUGAGGCAACCCUCGACCUUGCAUUCACUCUAUCCGCUGCGGAGCGACUCGUUGGCCCGGGCCACGCAUGCGCCAAGUCUUCCCUUCGCUAUUCCCGCCCUCCCCCCGCCCCUCUCUGUCUUCUCUGCACUGGGAGCAGCUUUCUUGCCACGGCCCCUCACCCCCUGAAAAUGUAUGCCUGCUCCAGGUUCCUCUCCACCCACUCCUUGGUCAGGAGCACCUCUCAUCUGCUGAGCCGACCACUGUCUGCAGUGGUUCUGAACCGACCAGAGACACUGACAUAUGAGAGCUUCAGCAGCUUGGCAGUCCCAUGUCCCCUGACCUCACUUAUCCCUYGCCGCCGCUUCCAAACCAGCACCAUUUCAAGGGACAUUGACACAGCAGCCAAGUUCAUUGGGGCUGGGGCUGCCACAGUUGGGGUGGCUGGCUCUGGGGCUGGGAUUGGGACUGUAUUUGGAAGCCUUAUCAUUGGUUAUGCCAGGAACCCUUCUCUGAAGCAACAGCUCUUCUCCUACGCCAUUCUGGGCUUUGCCCUCUCAGAGGCCAUGGGGCUCUUUUGCCUGAUGGUGGCCUUUCUCAUCCUCUUCGCCAUGUGAAGGAGCAGUCUCCGCCUCGAAUUCUUUCUCCCAUGUUUGUCUGCCCUGUAUGUCCCUUUUCCUAUWCUUCCUCAGGCAAUCUGGGGUAAGUGGUUGGCUCAGGGUUUGACAGAGGGAAGACAAAUAAAUACUGUAUUARUAAGAUGUUU